AUGGCGGCGGCGGCCGGGGCGAGCGGGGGCAGCCCGGCGGCGGCGGAGGAGGAGCCGCCGCUGGGCCUCGACUCGCUCGUGGAGGAGGCGGCGGCGGCAGCGGCGGCGAGCGCCGGGUUUCGGCUGACGGCCGUGAGGCGGGAGCCGGCGGUGAGGCUGCAGCACGGCGUCAGCGGCUUGGAGCCGCUGGCCUGGUCGGAGGAUCACCGGGUGUCGGUGAGCACGGCCCGCAGCAUCGCCGUGCUGGAGCAGCUCAGCGACGUGCACGGCGGCGGGCAGGAGAUGGUGAUCCACCGCACCGCCGUGCCCGCGCCCGCCGCCGCCUGCUACCUCAAGGUUGGUCCAAAGAAGGAGGUAGCAGAAUGUAGGGAAAAGUUCUCCAGUUCUAUGGAUCCAACGGUUAGCCAAACUUUUAUGCUAGAUCGGGUGUUCAAUCCUGAGGGGAAGUCGCUGCCGCCAAUGCGAGGGUUCAAGUACUCCAGCUGGUCACCGCUGGGCUGUGACGCCAACGGACGAUGCCUGCUUGCAGCUUUAACCAUGGACAAUCGAUUGACCAUCCAUGCAAACCUCAACAGACUGCAGUGGGUUCAGCUGGUGGACCUGACGGAAAUCUAUGGCGAGCGUCUGUACGAAGCCAGUUACAAACUUUCCAAGGCUGACACUCCCAGGGGAGAACUAGAAGACUUCGCUGAAUUUCAGCGGCGGCACAGCAUGCAGACUCCAGUACGCAUGGAGUGGUCGGGUAUCUGUACCACUCAGCAGGUUAAACACAACAACGAGUGCCGGGAUGUUGGUAGCGUGCUCUUAGCAGUACUCUUUGAAAACAGUAACAUUGCGGUUUGGCAGUUUCAGCUUCCGUUUCUGGGUAAGGAAUCAAUUACUUCUUGCAAUACCAUAGAGUCUGGAAUAAGUUCUCCGAGUGUCCUGUCUUGGUGGGAAUAUGAACAUAACAACCGAAAGAUGAGUGGACUUAUCGUAGGGAGUGCUUUUGGGCCAGUUAAAAUUCUUCCUGUCAAUCUAAAAGCAGUCAAAGGCUACUUUACGCUAAGACAGCCCGUAGUCUUAUGGCAAGAAAUGGACCAGUUACCAGUGCACAGUAUCAAAUGUAUUCCACUUUACCAUCCCUACCAGAAAUGUAGCUGUAGCUUAGUGGUGGCCGCAAGAGGAUCUUACGUGUUUUGGUGUCUUCUGUUGAUAUCCAAGGCAGGUCUGAACGUCCAUAAUUCCCACGUGACAGGGCUUCAUUCGUUGCCAAUUGUGUCUAUGACUGCGGACAAACAGAACGGCACAGUGUAUACAUGCUCCAGUGACGGAAAGGUAAGGCAGCUGAUUCCUAUAUUCACAGAUGUUGCUUUAAAGUUCGAGCACCAGCUGAUUAAGCUCUCAGAAGUGUUUGGCUCUGUGAGGACUCAUGGAAUAGCUGUUAGCCCCUGUGGUGCGUACUUAGCAGUUAUUACAACAGAGGGCAUGACUAACGGUCUUCACCCCGUUAACAAAAACUACCAAGUUCAGUUUGUUACUCUAAAGACUUUUGAGGAGGCAGCUGCGCAGCUCCUGGAAUCUUCUGUUCAGAACCUUUUCCGGCAAGUGGACUUGACAGAUCUCGUACGCUGGAAAAUUUUGAAGGAGAAGCAUAUUCCUCAAUUUUUACAGGAAGCACUGGAUAAAAAGAUUGAGAGCUGUGGUUCUACUUACUUCUGGCGAUUUAAGCUGUUUCUCCUGAGGAUUUUGUACCAGUCAAUGCAGAAAGCUCCCUCAGAGGUCAUGUGGAGACCGUCACACGAGGACACAAAAAUCCUGAUCUCUGAUUCCCCUGGAAUGGGCAGCACUGAAGAUGAUCAAGAGGAAGGAACUUCUAAACGAGCCAGCAAGCAGGGCCUAUGUGACACAGGCAAAGGUAUGGACAUAGAUGACACUGCCGAUGAUUCUCUUCCUCAGUCAAGUGAGAUAGGAGGCCACGAGCCAAUGGAAGAAAAGCUGCUUGAAGUACAGGCACAGAUUGAGGCAGUAGAAAUGCACUUGACACGAGAGCACAUGAAACGGGUGUUGGGAGAAGUUUAUCUACACACAUGGAUUACAGAAAACACCAGUAUUCCCACCAGAGGAGUCUGUGACUUCUUAAUGUCCGAUGACGGAUAUGAGGACAGAACAGCACGAGUGCUGAUUGGGCAUAUCUUAAAGAAAAUGAACAAACAGACUUUUCCAGAGCACUGCAGCUUGUGUAAAGAGAUCCUGCCAUUCACUGAUCGCAAACAGGCAGUCUGCUCCAAUGGACAUAUUUGGCUCAGGUGCUUUCUAACCUACCAGUCCUGUCAGAGUUUGGUGUACAGGAGGUGUUUGCUUCAUGACAGCAUUGCACGGCAUCCCACCCCAGAAGAUCCCGAGUGGAUCAAGAGGUUACUGCAAGGACCUUGCACGUUCUGUGAUUCCCCCGUCUUCUAGAGAAGAGCUAUGUAAAGACUGAAAAUAUUUUCACUACUACAUAAGCUCCCUUCAGUCUAGAAGGAUAUUGGGCACAGAAAUAAACACUUUACUGAAAGGGAAGACAAUGUCUGUGACCCUGUAAAUAGAACAUUGGAGGUUCUAGGAACUCCUUAGGUCCAGAGGCCAUUCCAUGCUCCAGAACCAGGAGUACACCUGGAAGACUGAGUUCGUAACGCAAUUUGGAAACGCACCCCAUUGAAGUACCAGCAGCUGGACACACUUCCUUUUACUGAAAAGAAGCUGAAGUCUUAAGCUCGCAGCGUGAAUUGUCCUUUCUGCCUGGCAACUGUGUGAUUUCCCAAAAGCUAGGAUGGGAACAGCGGAUCUGAUCUUGAAUAGACUUGGUGGGUAGAGGAGGCUUCAGCUCGUAGUGCUUGUUUGCUUUUUAACAAGUACUGGCACUUGCUGCAGAACAUUAAACUAUCAAAAUAAUUUGUGGUUCUAAUUUCUUGCAGAGUGAAGCAAAUGCCAGUUACAGCCAUAUGAGAGAAAUUGGCCAUUACAUUAGUUUCACUUAAAGUCUAGAAGACUAACUGCCUUUCAACUAUUGUAACAGUAUUGCAGUCACAAGGGUCAAAUUGGCUGCCUCUGUCAAAUACGGAUCAGUAAGAAUAAUUUUUAAUGUAAUAAUUAUUAAACUAUUAGCAAUUUGAUUAAACACUAAUAUAUAUAUAACUUCCAACGCUCACGUCUCUUGCCCCACUUUCUUUUUCUGAACUAAGCUCUAACCACUUCCUAGCUUUUGCCAGUAUGCCUUCUGUUUCAGUUAACCCUCUACCACCAAGAAUCAUCUUUUCCAGUGCAACUCGGUACUACAACCAUUACCCAUUUACCGUAUCUGCAAUUGAACUGAGAGUCUCCCUGAUAGAGAUGUUGUUUUACAGAAACGGGACACACAGGUAAUCACUCCCAGCGGGCAGUUUCUCGUUUCGUAAUAAUGCAGUAAAAGCAAAACAAAACAAAAACCCCAACAUGGCUAAUAUAUUAGAGGCAAAGUUUCCACAGCUGGUCGUGGAGCCUGGUAAAGCUUCUCUCGUAUAACCCUGACUUUUUCUCAAGAGAUUCAUAAAUAUGCCAAUGAUGUAGCAUGGCUGAGCCCAGAAAUUUAUUCUGCUUUCUAACCGUCCUGUCAGAAAAAGAUUCUUGCUGUCUUUGGCAUCUAGUUCAUAUGGGGAGCAGGAGAAUCCUUUUCAACUUCCUAUGCAGCGUUAGAGGAAUAAUACCUCUAAAAUAUGUAUGGUUAUGUGGUACAGUUGUCUUGUUGACUUAAAAAAACAUGUCAAAUAAUACAAAAUUCAUGUAUUUACAUUCCUCAGAAUAUGAAUUUGGACACUCAAAUGUGCUGCCCUGUUUGUGAUUCAUGACACUUCUGACUGUGUGAGACGUCCUCUGUAGCUAUUUGAGGAAAAAUCAAGGAAUUGUCCUGACAGUAUCAGUCUCCAGCAAUGCACGUGUGGAUUGGUGCCUCCGUUUCCUUGAUUUGAUGACUAUGCAUUAUUUUCUCAGUGUUCCUUAACCUUUAGCAGGAGCAAAUUUUUUUUUUCAGCUAACAUUAAAGCAAGUCAGCUGUCCUUACUAUCCAGUGUUUCAUGCAUUAAGCAUGAUAGUGCUUUACUCAGAAUAAUAUUAAUAUGGUAGACUAGAACAGCAUAAGCACAUUCAUCUGUAAAAUAAUUAGUCUUGUUUGUAAAUAUCCUUGGAAGUGAUACCAUAACUGUAUUAAAGAAAUGUUUAGUUUUUUAUUGCCAUGCACUGAAAAUUGAAAUGACUGGUGUGUCUGGAUGGAAAGAAAAUGUGGAUUGUGAUAGUAUCUAGUAAAACAAAGUCAGAGUAACCUUGGUACCUAAUUUGUGUGCAGUCUGAGGCUGGCACUGUACCUGAGACAGCAUUUCUGUUCUCCUUCCCAGUGUUAACGAGGCUUGGGGGAAACACAACAUAUAUUUUCAGCACAAGCUGAACAGAAGGGUUAAUUUGUGGUGGUAGGGGAACCAUUCUGAGUAGAAGCUCCAAGACCUUGUCCGGACAGUCCUGACCAGUUCUCUCAGUGAGUAAAUGUUCCAAUUUAGAGAGUCACCUGAUUCUGGAGGUAAGAGAACUUUCCAGAGCCAUGUAUAAAAGUUAUUUUUUUUUUAAAGGUCAAAUUAAUUUCUUUGAUACUGGUUUAGAGACCAUAACAUCUUGGUCUGCUGAAACGUUUACAUCUGGCUGACCGAAAGGUUCAACACACUAUCGUUAGAUGAAUCCUGGUGUUCACUUCUAGCAGUUCUCUUGACUUUCCCUAGAGUUGUAAUGCUUUAGCCAUGUAGAAGCUAGUACACCUAGCGCUAAUGUUUCAGCAUUAAUGUUUAUUUUCCUUGUCUUUCAAGGCAGUAGAUACUCAGUAUACCAUUGCCCGUUUAUUUAACCUGAUUUAUGACUGCUGGGAGAAUGGAAUUUUAAAGCCAAUGAUGCCGGCUUUCUCUGCAUGCCAGUGGAGAUCCUUUAGCACAAAGCUUUCACUUCUCACCCUGACCCAUUCACAACAGGUAAAGAGGUAUUGUGAUUUAUUUAUUUUUUUUAAAACAAUCAUUGGUCCCUAAGUGUAUUUUUAACUAGCGUAGACUUGAAUAGUGCAGCACACCUCAGAACAGGAGCACAUAAUUUCUGAUGUUGAUCUUACCGGAAUUCUCUGCCCAGCUACCAGCUGAGACUUCCUUUGAGGAACCUUUAAUUUGUCUUGGACUCCUGACUUCAGUUCUGGAGUUUAGUGGGGUUUAGUCCCAUUCCUCUUAGAGUUCUGUAACAGCCUGCAGAGCUACAGCAGCACCCUGCCGCGUCAUCCCUCAUGCUUUCCCUAACCAAAACCUUUGCUUUCAUCCCAUGUAUGGGGAAAGCAAGAGGAUGAGGGUGGUACGAGCACCUGCUGCCAGGUCCUUGCACUAUUUUGCCCUGAACAGAGCUGCCUUCCCAACUGGUACAUAGUAGAGCUGUCCCAUGUUACAACCCGGUCUGGUCUGAGACACCAAGUGAAGUAUUUGAAGAAUAAGCCCCACAAAACCAAUUUACUCACUAGGUUUUUGCCCUAAGUUUUGCAAGAUAAACAAAUGAAUAGUUAAAAGCUCUCCAUUGCCUGACCAUUUGGUGGUGAACACAAGACUUUCUUCUUGUGCUGACAACAAGCCUGUCAUGCCUCCCCUGGCACAAAGAAAUCCAAACUGUUCAACAAAUUAGCAGGACAGCUCUGGGCUGGUUUUGGACAGCUUUUUUGUGCCUUGGUGCUAUAAAUUCCAUUGUUUGAACUAAGGUGAAAGUUUGAGGUCAUUAUGACAGUGUCUUGAGUAUCCAUACUGUAUAUUUCUACAGGAAAUACAAUGGUUGCUACUAGAUACAUACAGGCAAAUAAAUAUUUCCCUGAUUUUCUUAAAUUUACUAGGUUUGAUUAUGCAGCAUAACACCAUUUAUUCUAGCCUCAUUAAGGGUUUCUCAACAUGAAAGAGCUAAACGCAAACAUUUAUAGUCCUAGUUAAGGGUUAACGAAUCCUACUUGUGCUGUUAUACCCUAAACUAACAUUUACAGGAGACUUGUUUUUACAAGUUUUUCUCAAAUACAAAGCCCUUCCUUUAUUGCUUACCCAGGUUGUGAAACAGCGGGCAGCCUUGCAGGCACAAUUACUGGAGCCUCAGUUCCCACCUCAGGGUAUGGCAUCAGAGAGAGAACAAGGAGAAGAACCCAUCCCACUCCUCAGAGCCCUCACCACAGAGCAGGUUGGGGGUUAUCACUUAAGCUGUUGCUCAAUAUGACAUCUUUGGGUGCAAAACACGCAAGGUCAGUAUAGUAGCAAUAUAGGAAACUUCAAAAUCCGUUGCUGCAGAGCACUAGCUUGUAUUAUUUUUGCAGCCAGAAAUAAGGGCAAUAGCCUCAGAGCAUUGGUAGUCAUGGCAAAAGGCAGAUUUAUAGUGAGUACCAAAAUUAACCAGAAGAAAAAGCUUAGGGGAUCUCAGUUAAUAAAGGUGAAAUGCUCAAAGUAGUUAUCAGUGCUAUUUGUUCUCGUCCCCCUUUUUGCAUUCCCUUUUGGAGCUUUCUCUAUCAGGCCUGUAAAUGCACAAACUACGCUUGCAUUUUAGACACACAUUGACAAGGGCAGGGGUUUAUCCUUUAACCAGAGCUGGUACCAUCUGUGUGGAGAUGUCUGCUAGUUUACUGCUCCACUGGUACACUGGCAAAGCUGCUUUCCUCCCCUCUGUGUGGGUAAACAAGGACAACUUGAGCUUCAAGUACACCUGGAUUCCUGCCCUACCUAUUGAAGUUGGAGGAAUCAGGACAAGACAGAUUUUUGCCUUCUCUUGGAAGUCUCAGGCCAGGAUGGUUUUUCACUAUUUGUAGAGGCUAGCGUGUACGUACAGCAAUGUCUUAAGAGCUUUUGUUUUCACUUCUCAUGGAGGGCCUUGUGUACAUACUGUCACUUAAAUCAGUCCGUGCAAUACUCAGCUCUAACUCAUACAAGGUAUACAUUAAUACUUUACACUGGAGGUGUUCCCAGACCCUUGGUGUCAGUUGGAAUAUUUUAUUCCACCGCUAAAUUUUAUUAGUGCUGAUUCAGUUUUUAGCUCUCUUUAUUUGCAAGACCUAGAACUCCUGCUGGUCUGUCAUCUGUGUGCAUGAUCUGGGUAGUGACCUCAGGAGUGUCACAGCUGCCUCUGCACGACUUGCCACGACUGCUUUCAUUGUUGCAACGCAGCAGGUACACAGGGCACUUAUUAGCAUUAACUACACUACAGUUCAGAGCAGAAAGUGGAGUAAUUCCCUGUGCUGUCUUAGGCUGCAGUUGAAUCAAUCCAAAUGUGAAUAUCUGAGUUGGAGCAUCUUCGUCACAGAAGGACUCAUGCACUGCUGAGAGCCUACAGCAGGAGUUACAGGGCCAUGCCGGCCCUGCAGCGUUCUUAUCUAACACUAAACUUAGGAAGCCAGUCCUGAAAAGGGAAGAAUCAAGAGCCAUCCAAAUGGAACUGCUCAGAGAAAAGUUUAAUUGCUCUGCUAAUCUAAUUGAUCUCUUCAUGCUACUUCAAUUCCAUUCUGGGGUGCGAGCGUUGUAGCUGGCAGACCGUGCGGUCACCAGGCUGAAUGAAAAGCAAAGCUGAGUUUUAAUCUUUACUUUCUGGAUUUUUCCUUUGAGACUUAGUUCAUGGAGGGUCUGACAAAGCUGCUGUGAAUAUUGAUGCUGUGUAUAUGGCACAUUUUGUAAACGUGAAGCAAACCUGGAUGAAUGUUUUGUAUACUGCGACGCUAGCAUUGUAAUCCUGCUCCUUUUUUAUUCU